GAGUUUACAUAAUAACUCGUAAGCAGGCAUUUGUGAAAUUUCAUUUAUGUUUGUUAACGUUGGAAGCUGCUACGAUUCUAAAUUAGUUUGUAUCGAGCAGUGAGCGGUUAGAGAUGGCGGAGUACUCUGUGCAGAAUCUGGAUGAGUUGCUCACCAAGUAUUACGGGCAGCCGGUCAAGAUAUUGGAGACCAAAUCGAAAAUGUUGACCGCUCCAGGUGAGAACUACGGAAGCCUCAUGUUGGCGCUGGAUGUGACCAUAGCGCUUCGCAAAGAUCAGAAGCAACUGCAUCUGGUGGCUAAGCUAUUGCCGAAGAGUGAGUUCAUGCGAGGACUAUUUGAUAUAUUUGUAACUUUUAAGAAAGAGAUCGAUGCCUAUACCAAAGCUAUACCAGCUUUGAUUGAGUUCCAAAGGGAUUAUGGAGUAGAUAAUGUUAUUGAUUUCUUUGGGGAAUGUUAUGGAGCUAGAUGCAGUUUAUCCAAUACGGAGAAAAUCGAUGAAGAUGCUGUUAUAUUAUUGGAGAAUUUAAAAUAUGAGGGAUAUGAUAACAUCGAUAGAUUGGUAGGUUUCAACUUCGAAGAAGCUGAAUUGAUUUUGAAAGAUCUAGCCAUGUUCCAUGCAGUUCCCAUAGCGUUCAAAGCUCUCAAACCUAAAGAAUUCGAGAAAAAGAUAGGUCCUGCUAUUAUACGUCACAGAGGUAUCGAAUACGCUCAUCCUUCCAUGAUAGAAAGUAUUUACGAUUGUCUACGAGAUCACCUCAAGAUAGCAGGAUUUGAGCAUCUGACAGAGAAAAUCUUGAACAUCUUAAGAAACACAUUGCAUUCGGAGCAGAAGAACAAGGUACCUCCAAAUACACCAUUCUUAACGUGGAUCCACUUCGAUUAUUGGGUCAACAACACGAUGCUGUUGCAUGAUAAAACCGGAAAACCGAUUAAGAACAAGAUGGUCGAUUUGCAAAUGAUUCGCUACGACUCGUGCACGCGCGAUUUACUUUUCGUCCUCUUCACGAGCAUCAAAACAGAAGUUGUUAAAUCACGAUACGACGAGCUCAUUAAAAUUUACUACGACUCAUUCAUAAAAUCGUUGGAAGUCUUCAAAAUAGACCUUGAACCUUACAGUUGGGUCAACUUCUUGAAAGAAAUUGAUGCUUAUGCAGCGUAUGAACUUGAGCAUAUUCUCUUCAUGUUAAAACCAAUAUUUACGAUCAAAGGGUCCAUCGAAAGCAUGGACAAUUUGGAUGAUAACGAUAUGAAUAGACAAGACUUAAUUGGCGAAGCCUUCACCAAUAAACUUAAGGAUACGAUAGAAGCAUACACGCAACGAAACUGGUUGUAAAUUAAAGUAAUUUUCACCCGAAAAAUAAAAAUUAUGUUACGUAA